UCUGUAAAAACAAAAUAAAUCGUGACGGUUUGAUACUUUGAUAGAUAGAGUGUCACGUUUAUUAUUUUAUAGUUUUGUUCUACUUAAAUAGUAGUAACCUACUCAUUAAAGGUGAAGUUUAGUUACAAUAAUUUAAAGCUAAAUAGAAAUACAUUUUCUCUAAGUUACUGUACAGUUCACACAUUUUUAUUAUUGAAUUUAUUCAAAGUUUAUCGAACUAUUUGUCUGUGAAACAAUGCCCACAAAUGUUUGGAUUUUUUCGUAAUUUAGUUUGUUUUUUGGAAAGAUUGCAACGGGAAUAGCGAAUACUGUGAACUUGAACAGUGACAGUGCCAGAUUUAAAAUGGGAAAAGAGUCUAAGUUAGAUGACAUAACUAAUGGUGAUAAUUAUGAAGAAGAUGGAAAAAAGAAAAAGAAAAGCAAGAAACAUAAAAAACACAAAAGACCGACUGCCGAUGAAGAGGAUUCUGUAAAUUUACAUAAAAAGAAAAAGAAAUCUAAAAAGGUGAAACAACAGAGCCGAGAACCGGAGAGUGAAACUUCCUUAUCUGAUGUUGAAGAUUUGAUCAACAAAUCCAAACGGUGUCAGUCGAAAACUGGCAACAACUCUGAAUUACAUUCUCCUUUGAUAGAUUCUAUAAGUACAAUACGUCGGGCUUCUCAAAAUGGGGACACUAAUUCCCAUUAUAAGAAUCACAAUAGAAUAGUAGAAAUCAAAGAGGACACGUUAGAAAUAAUAUCAUCAAAUUCUGAAACAGAAAAUUAUCAGGAAGAUUGUGCAAGUCCCGAACUAACAAUGAUCGAAGACGAUCUUAAUUUAGAAGAACUCAUGAGACAAAAAGAACUAUUACAAGCUAGACUUGUAGCAUAUUUUUCUGAUAAAAGUGACGAAGAAAGUAUUGACGCCAAAGAUGACAAACCUGAUGAAAUUAUUUGUAUAAAUGACGAUGUGGAAUCGCCCGAACCGAAAAAAUCCAAGAAAGAUCAUAAACAUAGGAGCAAACACAAAUCAAGCAAGGACAAGAUUUCAGAAAAACAUAAACCUCGUCGGCAAGAAGAAGACUUACGUGAUAUCAUUAACAGAGAAAGCAGAAGAGAAAUGGAGAAGAAGAGAGAAAUAGAAGAUAAAGAAUAUCGUGACAAGAGAGAGAAAGAAAAGCGUAAACAAGAAGAACGGGAACGUGAACGGGAAAAGGAACGAAAGCGUGAGAGGGAACGCGAGAAAGAAAAAGAAAGGGAACGUGAACGCGACCGAGACAAAGAACGCGAGCGUGAUCGUGAACGAGACAGGGAGCGGGAUCGCGAACGAGACAGAGAACGCGAUCGAGAGCGAGAUCGUGAACGAGAACGGGAACGAGAAAGAGAGCGAGAUAAAGAUCGAGAGAGGAUAAGGGACAGAGAUCGCAAAUCGUCUGAAAUCAGGCGUCGCGAGCAGGAAACGUCUAGAAGCCGAAGACAGACACGAGAUAGAACUGCGGAACGGGCAAUACGCAGAUCCCGAGAAAGAUCAGUCGUGAAGAUGAGGGAACGAUCUCGAGAACGGUCACCUGAACGAGCUUCAAAUAACCGAUUGAGACACUUCCAUAGAGACAGACAUUCACCCGGGCGCAACAGAGAGACAAACAGAGACCGUUCACAAGAAGCUUCGUGUUCCAGGAGCCACAGAAAGGGCACCCCCGAUGUCACGCACGUGAUACCCAGCUCUAGCGAUGAAGAGUUGAACAUCGAUAUAAACACUGAUGAUGAUGAAGAAGAGACCGAGAAACAGAUAAUCGAGCGACGACGCAAACAGAGAGAGCAGCUCAUGAAGAAACUUGGAUGCGAUACUCAGUCGACAUCUGAAGGGAAUUCGACCGUGGAACGCACGCAAAACGCAACGGCUUCACCGUUUAGCCCGCAAAGCCAACGUUCUGUGUCGCCCACUUCGAAAAAUAAGUCACACGACCACAAGGAAAAGAAUAAAGAAGAAAGGAAACACAUUAGGACGGAGACACGCAGUGAAACGCUCAUCAAGAAAAUCGAGAACGAAUCUAAGAGCACAAUCAAACUGCAAAAGUCUAAUAAAGAUAGCGAAUGGGAUAUGUUCGCGGAUCAAGACAACUUUGAUAGCGUCGAUACGCCGACGACAGGAGAUUCAAAGACUAAACUUGCUACGGAGAAUCCGUCACUAACAGAUAACUGGGAUGACGCUGAGGGGUACUACAGAGUUCGUAUCGGCGAAACAUUGGACAACCGCUACAAUGUGUACGGGUACACGGGCCAGGGUGUGUUCUCUAACGUGGUGCGAGCCAGGGACCAGGCCAGGAGUAACACUGAUGUUGCCGUCAAGAUCAUAAGGAACAAUGAGAUCAUGCACAAAACCGGUCUCCGCGAGCUGGAGAUACUAAAACGUUUGAACGACGCCGAUCCAGAGGACAAAUUCCACUGUCUCCGUUUGUUCCGGCACUUCUUCCACAAACGUCACCUGUGCAUGGUGCUCGAACCGCUCUCGAUGAACCUGAGGGAGGUCCUAAAGAAAUACGGAAAGAACAGCGGCAUCCACAUCAAGGCGGUUAGGAGUUACACGCAACAGAUGCUGCUAGCCCUCAAGCUAUUGAAGAAGACGGGCAUCGUACAUGCCGAUAUAAAACCCGACAACAUCUUGGUAAACGAGAACAAACUAAAUCUGAAACUUUGCGAUUUCGGAGCGGCGUCCCAGGUCACCGACAACGAGAUCACACCCUACCUGGUGUCCAGGUUCUAUAGGGCGCCAGAGAUAAUCCUGGGCGUUCCAUACGAUCACGGCAUCGAUAUGUGGUCGACUGCGUGCACAAUAUACGAACUGUCGACCGGGAAGAUAAUGUUCAGUGGCAAGUCCAAUAAUGAAAUGUUGAAGUACUUCAUGGAUCUGAAAGGAAAAAUACCCAAUAAAAUCAUCAAGAAGGGACAUUUCAAAGAGCAACAUUUCGAUGCGAAUUGCAACUUCUUGUAUCACGAACUGGAUAAGAUCACCGAGAGGGAGAAAGUGGUGAUAAUAUCCAGCAUAAAACCUACAAGAGAUCUACAAACUGAACUAGCGCCACCGCAUCACAGGCUGCCUCUACCAGAGGCCAAGAAGAUCUCCCAACUGAAGGACUUACUAGAACGCAUGCUUAUGUUGGAUCCGGCCAAGAGAGCCUCUGUCAACCACUGCUUAGCUCAUCCCUUCAUACAAGAAAAACUUAUGUAGCCCAAGCUAAAAGCCCAUGUGAACACCAAAAAGCGAAACCAUUAAAUUGACGUUAGAAAUUAAUGCCACAUAAAUAAAUAUAUACAAGUUUUGGUUCGAAUUCAACAUUCAACUCAGAGAAGAUGUUGCUUGAAGAACAGUGUUUGUGUGUUUGAUGACUUUUUGAAUAAGCGUUACAUGAAGUCCUGCGAUUGGUAGAUUAAAGCACUUUUACAUACGAUUUGAUCUCUUUUUUUUGUUUUUUCUUCUUUUACAAGCUAAAAUCUUUGUGAUAAAGAUAAAAUGGUAAUCUAUUUUUUUAUUGCUUUAUAACUAUCUAAAUAUUACAUAAAAGGAAAGUAGGUACAUAUAUGUUUGUACUGUAUGCGUUCGCACACAGAUUAACUGAUUCAUUUAAUAUUCUAUUGUCUUCUUGGGAAACUAUUUUGUUUAUAGUACCCUCAACGAAUGAUACUAAAUUAAUCUAGUGACUAAAUAAACACGAGAUAGUCCUAAAAGUGUUUCAAUCAUCACUCACAGGGCAAAUUGUUGAAAUUCGAAUCCUUACUUAGUAUAAUCUGUUAAAAUUGGGAAAUACAACCACAGAUUAAUUAAAGAAUGUCAUUGAAGCAUGACCACCGUCCAGAGACAUGUUAUAUUUUUUAUUUGCGAUUUUUUAAUGAAAACAAAGCUUGAUUUUGUUCAUAUUUGCCAAUUUUUAAUGUAAUAUAUUAAUAACUUGGAAGUUUCAUUACUAAGUGAUUAUGCAAAUGUUGACUGGGAGGCCAAUUUAAAUAUUAACUUGUUGAAUGACAGUUCAGUGUCCGCUACUUUUAAUUCAGCAUUGGUCUACAUUAAACCUACAAGUAGUAGAUAAUACAAAUUCAAUGCCCCACUAAAAUCUCAUGUAGGGUGUCACAAUACACCGUCACCGGUAGAUACAAAUAAUUGUUAAGAUCUCAUUACGUACGAGUUCGACUUACAUUCUUUAAAUAAUCGAAAACUGGUUGUAUUAAUAUGUUUAGUUGAAAUGUAAUAUUCAUUUGAUUUCUCGCACAAUAAUUAUUGACACAUUAUUUAUGAUUAAGUUUGGUGAUGCAGCGAAUACGAAUAGUUGGCUGAAAUUAACACGACGUACAUUACCGUCCAAAAGUUUGGAAACAGCCAGGUAAAUUUUAAAUUAAAUAUAAACAAAAUGAAAAUUUAACUUUACGUUAUGAAAUAUGAAUAUUCCCUCAAACUUCAUCGCCAUCAUCCUCAUCGAAGUGUACGCCUAUCUCUGUUAUUAUCUUCUUGCACAUUUUAAGCAUUCUAUUAAUAAAUCUCUUAAAAUUUUCUUCAUCCAACUUGUUCCAAUCGCUCUCCAAUAGUGGCCACAAAUGUUCUCAGAUUGUUGGUGAUCGAUUUUUUACCCUUCCGUAGUGUUCAUCCCAGACAAGUUCGAAGGUGAAGUUAUACCCUUGAUUUGUUGUGGUUUAGGUAUUGGAAUUUAGGCCUACCAGAUGUUUUUCUAUCUUAUUUUUUCCCUGCUUCUUGUUUUUUUAGAAACUAUGUAGUAGACACCUUUACUCGAGAUUCCGAGUCUUUUACGGAUGGCUUAAGACGAACUAAGUUAUUAAACACGUGACACGUCAAAAUUAUGGUAUAAAAUUAAUCUUUCGCUUGUCGACAAUGUUUUUGUUGAAUAAAAACAGGUGUGCUUCUAAACUUUUGGACGGUAGUGUAUAUCGUUUUUCUUAAGUUUUAUUAUGUACAAGUAUUGGAUACAAAGGUAUACCAGACAGCGAAUUUUUUGAUGAGUCACAAAAAUAAAUUCACAACGGCAACCGAUCGAAUUGUUUAAUUGAGGGUAAUCGGAAAAAAAAUAUUGUCAAGUAUAUUUCUACGGACAAGUCAAUGUUAGGAAUGUGCUGUGUAUCUGUAUAUACAUUUUUUCUUUGCGAAUGUCUUGAAAGUAUUCGGGGAAUUCGAAUAUUCGUUGCAACACUGAUUAAGUUAGCCUUAAGCUUAUUUCAAACGACUCGUUUAUGACGUCAAUACGAGACUCAAAAAAUUUGUGGCUGUAACAUCUAAUGUCGAUUUGAAUUGGUUCUUGCGAAUCUAAUCUAUCACUUGGGCUUUCGAUUAAUGUAUUAAAAAGUAUGUACAUCUAGAUCUAGUAAGAUUUUUUCCGGUAAAACUGUGUUUCACUAUUGAAUAUUCCUUUAGAUAGAAGUUUUUGGCGGCACUUAUCGGAAAAUGUAUUUUUUACACUGAUUAUAAUUAUAUAGCUGAAUCUAGUUUAAUUUGUUGGUUCAGUUCAAUGACUUAAUUUAAUGAAAUUCUAGAACAUUCGUGACUCCUUCGUAUUCUGUAGUUAAGUUAUGAGCGCUAAUAGGCCAAGCUGUGUUCUGGUUCUCAUUCAAGAAGUCACCGUUUUGAAGUUUGGUUCGAGACUACUAUAUUUUCUAUAGUUUCUAAAGUAAUACGAAAAUCUUAAGUUUAUGAUUAUGCUCCGUAAAUCGUUGUUCGGUACGUGAAUAUAGUUUAUAUAUACAUUGUUAAUUAGAGAUAGUGACUGAUGACUAUCUACUGACUAGAUGAAACCCAAGUUACUACUUCGAUAGUUCAUCUAAUAAAAACACUUUAAUAAAUUUACAAACCAAUAUUCAGUAAUGUUCUUAUUUAGGCUGUAUUUCGUAUAAAUUUGUCCCCGGUAAGAAGUGUCACAUCGACAUUGUUAUUUUUUUCAAUAGCAGAUACUCUGGGAACGAUAAUACCUUCUAGAUUACAUAAUAUAUCUAGUAGCGAUGUUUUCCGAAUAGCAAUAAUUCGAUUGAUUUACUUCCAUAGAAUUUAAUUAAAAUAAAAAAUCGUAUAUUUCUGGAGAGUUUGAAUUGUAAAAUUAAAUGAAGAAGCUUAUGAUAUAUUCGGGCGAUUAUUGUUUGAUGUGACUGAAUUUUACAACAGAUAUUUCUUAUGUAGCAUUUUCAAGGAAUUAGCACAAUUAUAAAGCAGAAACCGUAUUGUAUUAUUAUAAUUGUUUGAAACAUUACGUGAUAAAGUAACUUGGUUGCGAAGUGCGUGACUGUUAUUGCAUAUUCGAUUUUGUAUCAACUAGCCUUAGACAGACAGUUGUAAAUAUUCAAUAAGCUGAUUUAAAAAUCAAAUAAGAAUCUAUAAAUUUUGUAUGAAACACGAAGAUCGUAAUAUUUUUUCUAAAUACAUGUGGAUUAUCAAACUGUGUUUUAGAUGAAGUAAAUGUACUUGUGACAAAGCAAUGUCUGGGUAAGAACAACACGGUUUCGUGGGAGUUGAGCGUUAAUCUUAUUGGGAAGUAAUCGAGUCGACGUAUGCGUGAAAAAUUUGAAGGCAUUUCGUUUGCAAUCGGCGUUACAAUGUCUCUAGAGAUUGUUAUCCUAUAAAGCAUGGACGGCAGAGAUAAGGAGGACAAACUUACAUGGGAGACGAUUUGAAAAUGUGUUCAUCUGUAAGCGGAAAAUUACAACUCGAAAAUCCAUAUGAAUGUAGCUUUUAUAAACGGAGUGAAGUGGGCAGAGUUGAACAAUAAUAAUAAUUUUUGUAUCUUUGAAAUGACACGACUCACUACAGUGGGGCCAUCUUAAUCGGUCGCUUUUCGACAGACACGUUUUUAUACAGAACUAUAUAGCUUUUGCCCGCAACUUCGUCCGUCUGGAAUAGUUACUUUGGCAUAACGCUAAAUUUUACCCUCCUCAUUUACGUAGCAAGUGAAAAUAUUUCUGAAUAAUAGAAUGUUAAGGUGCUAAGGUACCAAAAUCACGCUUUUUAACCGACUUAAAAAGAGGACGUUAUCAAUUCGACCAUAAUUUUUUAUCUAUGUCUAUCUCAUACAUUAGGUACUGUAGCGAAACCUUAACCGUUUCCGCAGCGCACGCAGUGGAAGCUCUCAAAAGAGAUUAAAAGCCCGAUUUUGAAACAUUCUUUAUUGGUGCUCCGCUUGCAUUGGGCUUGGCGUGAUGUUAUAUAGCCUAUAGCCUUCUUCGAUAAAUGAGCUAUCUAACAUUGAAAGAAUUUUUCAAAUCGGUACAACCAGUAGUUCCUGAUUAGCGCGUUCAAACAAACAAACUCUUCAGCUUUAUAAUAUUUUUAUACAGAAUGUUCUCGUUACCUCUGCCCCUUGUAAAGUUAGAACAAAGGUUUCAGUGAUGACUUCGGCUGCACUGGCGACUGACAGUAACGCGGUGUUCCGUGACAUGUUGAUGGAUAAUAAAUUAGUAAGAAUUGUA